AUGAACUAUGGCUGUGGUGAAACUUCACAUUUAAAGGAGCAACUUCCACCUUACUACCAGCCAUGGAUGGACAUUGCCCUGCACGUCCCCGAGCUUGUAAACUCUCAUGAGUUACGCUCCUGUAUUCACAGGAUGCCGCUGCUGAGCAGCAGUUUCUGCAGAGUCACCGGGAGGUUACGGCUGGCCCAUCUGGCCCUCAGCGUUAUGACCAUGUGCUAUGUCUGGCAAGAGGGAGAGAAUGACACUGUUGAGGUUCUGCCAUGUAACAUAGCCAUUCCAUACUGGGAGGUAUCACAGCGGUUAGGACUUCCACCAAUUCUCACCCAUGCAGAUGGUGUAUUGGCUAACUGGAAGAAGAGGGAUGCACAUGGUAAGGACAAACACCUGCAUUCAGUGCCUUUUGACAUGGAGAACCUGGAGCUGCUGGUCUCUGUCCCAGGUGGGGAGAGUGCCCGUGGUUUCUUCAUGGUCACUUUGCUGGUGGAAGUGGCAGCAAGUCCAGCAUUGAGGAACAUCCCUGUUGUUAUCGAUGGUGUCAGGCGAGACGACGCCGAGGCAGUGGUCAGAGCGCUAGAGCUCAUCAGCAGGUCUAUAGACGACAUGACAGACGCACUCAAACUGAUGCAAGUGUAUGUCGAGCCAUCGGUAUUCUACGGUAUGAUGAGGAUCUACCUGUCUGGGUGGAAAGACAACCCCUGUAUGCCAAAGGGACGUUACGAGGGGGUCCACCAAGAACCGAUGGAGUUCUCUGGAGGAAGCGCGGCGCAGAGCAGCUUGCUGCACUGCUUCGAUGAACUCUUUGGGGUCAAACACGAAGGGAAAAGUGGUGACUUUCUAAGACGUAUGAGGAACUACAUGCUUCCUGCUCACAAACGGCUGAUCCAGGACAUCCUGCUGCAACCUUCCCUUCGGAGUUUUGUGCAGCGACAGGAUAAUGAGCAGCUUAACCAGGUCUUUGAGCUCUGUGUUGAAAAACUGAUUGCGUUCCGUAGCUACCACAUCAAUAUAGUUACCCGCUUCAUUACAAUGCCGGCUGCCCGAGCUCGCCAACUCCGUGCUCAGAGCCAGGAGUCAGAGGAGAUGAUCAGCAGAGCACCCAUAGCACUUGAGGAGAGAGGCACCGGUGGUUCUGGCAUCAUGACCUUUCUAAAGACUGUGAGGGAUCAAACAAAAGCCGUCUUGUUACCUGAAAGACCCAAGAAAACAGAGAACCACAGCUGACCUGAACAACCACUGAUGAACCAUUACUUGUUGCAUAUGAUUUAUCCACUGCCCAUUUCAUUAGGUUACUUGUACUGGAAUGGAUUUUGUUUUGGCUUCAGAACUGCUUUACCUG